CUUGUCCGUUCCCAACACCUUUAGCGCCAGCUGGAACGAAGCCUCGCUCUCUAUCGGUACCAACCCUAACAAGGAAUCAUACUACUAGACCAUCAAGCCUGUGCAUGUGAUCGAGAGAUGCCAUAUAAAGGAAGACUGUCUGCAGGAAUACCAAGAAUCAACAUCUCCUCCUCUUUUACGAUCUGGAUCUUGGCGGGCCAUGACAUCCACCGUACAGUCGACGCAGGCCGAUGUCUUGUCGCAGAUUUUCCAAGGACUGAAGAGUAAGAGUCAUGAAGUACGACUGGAAUCUUCUGUCAACUUGCGUCGAUAUGUUGCCACUACUGUUGCCGAAAUGACAUCUGAUGCUGCAGCCAAGCUAUGAGACGACAACAUCAAUCGAAGGCUUUUCGAUCUCAUGCAUAGCCAGAAUACAACGGAAAUUUUUGGUGGAAUCUUGGCUAUAGAUCACCUCCUUGAAAUUACUAGCGGGGAAACCAUUGAGUCCAAGCGCAACUUAUUUCGAUUCUACAACUAUGUCAAGCAUCUCCUUCCCCACUCAGACGUCAACCUCAUGUUAGUGGCGUCCAAGACCCUAGGACAGAUAGCACAUAUUGGCAGUUCUGCUUUUGGAUGCCGGUUUGUGGAUUAUGAAGUUCCCGCUGCAAUCGAACUGAUGCAGCCGGAGAAACAGGAAUCACCUCGAUACGCCGGCGUCUUAAUCCUGAAGGAGCUCGCUCGAAACAGCCCCGGAUAUUUCCAUUCUCACAUAAGCCUUGUGUUCGAAAACAUGGUCGUCGCUCUGCGAGAUCAGCGCAUUAUUGUCAGGGAGGGCGCUGCCGAACUGCUGGCAGCUUGCUUAGAAAUUGUCGUACAGCGGGAGCGUCAAAGUCGGAACACCUAUCUGAACGGAAUUUUAACGGAGGCUCAGGCAGGAUUGAGGAUGCCACAACCAGAGAUCAUACAUGGCUCGCUACUUACGUACAGCGAACUUUUUUUGCAUGCUGGGAUGUUUAUGAAGGAAACUUCUAUGGAUACGACGGAGGAAAUUCUCCGAUUCCGAACCCAUCGAGACAGUCUCGUUCGCAAACAAGUUAUUGCGAUGAUACCAUCUCUAGCCGCCUAUGAUACGCAAACUUUCAAGGAUAAUUAUCUCCGCUAAAUCCGGGAAAAGCUACUAUUCCGUUACAGGAGUUGUAAUUUGUCAUAGUGAUAUCGUCGCCUCGCAAUGGCUGACAAGGCCUUAUAUUUUGGCCGUCAUCCUUAUUUCAGAUCAUGUUUUCACUGCGAGCCUUGUGGUGGGUUAUAUGGGUAUGGUAAUAUUUCUGGUGCAUUGUUAUACUUGUGUAAGCAUUCCUGUUCUAAUAUACUUUCUAAAUACAUGUUGCAAGCAGGA